AUGGAUCGUAAGUUCAAUGGUGAGUGGAGUGCCUGUGAUAUCAAGAUAGUGAAAUCACUCAUUGCUAGUCGCAAUGCCAACAACAACUAUGCAGAUGACUUGAACAAGAAACACAAUGACAUUGUGAAUGACAUCCAAGCACGGUUCCCCUGGAAGGAGAGAGAUCAGGUAAUUGAAUUGUAUGUUGAGCUCGUGGUGGAGAUGAUUAGUCCGACACAGAGUGGAAAUCAGUUUGUGGUGGCAACCAACAACUCGGUGAAUGAUAACUUUGGGAUUCCUGUGGAGGAUCCAAACAUGGAUACGUUGUAUAAGGGGAGGUUUUGGACCAUAGAGGAGCACAGGCAGUUCCUUUGUGGCCUACGCGAGUACGGCCGCGGCAAAUGGAAGGACAUCUCAAGGGACUUUGUCACCACCAAGACACCAGUGCAGGUCUCCAGCCAUGCGCAGAAGUAUUUCCGUAGGCUGGAACGCACCUCCGAGAAGCAACGCUACAGUAUUAAUGAUGUUGGCCUCUAUGAUGCUGAACCUUGGGUGUUGAACAACUCUUCCAGCUGGGAGGCGCUCGCCUUUACUGGUGAUGCAUAUAACCCAAACUUCUAUGGGACCGGCAGGCAGCUUUCCACCAUGAACAACUUUUCACAGGUUUGGCCACCCUUCCUGUAUGGUGCUGAUCAGGCAAGCAGCAGCCAGGCUACUACAUGGGCUGGCCAGCAAAUGGGGGCUACAGCUCUAGCACUGGAGGGGGCUGGAAGCCAGAUGGCCUGGACUGGCGAUCAGCAAGGAGAUUUUCUCCCUGAGCAGUGGAUGGACAUGGAUAAGGAGUAUUAG